AACGGAGAAAUUAUAAAAUGAGAAAAAGAACCGAACAUGUAGGAUAAUGACAGAGGCACCAAUUUGUAUACCACCGUUUUCAUGUCAACCGAUGAAAAAUGGUUUGCGUUGGAUUAAAUACAUAAGCAAAGGGGUUCGGCAGAUGACAAUCGAAUGCCACCAACAAUGUUCAAUCAGCAGCAUGACUUCGAAAUUCAUUCCCUCUCGAAAUUCAUUCCUCUAUGUUAGCAAUACCGUAAAGCAGCUAAAACAAAGCCACACUCUCUUACUCAAAGCCCCAACUGAACCCAACCGCCGUUACCAUCUCUUGGCUCAGUUGCUCCAGCGGCUCCUGCAACUUCCUGGUGACAACCUCCGGUAUGCCCACAACCUGUUCGACGAAAUACCCAACUGCAGAAUUCCGUUCCUCUGGACCUCCCUCAUCCACUCCAAUGUGCUUCACGAUCGCCUUCGUCAGUCCAUCGCUUUAUAUGCUCAAAUGCACCGGGUUGACGUAUCGCCAUCUGGGUUCACCUUCUCUUCCGUUCUCAAUGCAUGUGGUCGUGUCCAGGCGGCUUUCGAAGGCAAACAAGUCCACGCGAGGCUUCUGCAGUGUGGUUUCUUGGGAAACGGGGUAGUGCAAACUGCGCUUCUUCAUAUGUAUGCAAAAUGUGGCAUUGUAAGUGACGCGAGGGAUGUUUUUGAUUCGAUGGAAGAUAAGGAUUUGGUUGCUUGGACGGCCAUGAUUUGUGGGUAUUCGAAGAUGGGGCUGAUGAGCGAAGCGCGGUGGUUGUUUGAUAACAUGGGGCAGCGCAAUGCUGUUUCUUGGGCUACCAUGGUUGCUGGGUACGCUAACAAUGGUGAUAUGGAAAGGGCAAAGGAAUUGUACGAACGAAUGGUGGAUAAAAAUUCAGUGGCGUGGGUGGCUAUGAUAGCGGGAUAUGGGAAGCGUGGUAAUGUUGUGGAGGCCGAGAUGGUUUUUGACGAGAUACAGAUGCCGGAUGCGUCGUGUUGGGCAGCAAUGGUGGCUUGUUAUGCUAAGAAUGGUUAUGCAGCAGAAGCCAUUGGGAUGUAUAAGAAAAUGAGGGAAGCAAAAGUGAGAGUCAGUGAGGUGGCAAUGGUGGGAGCUAUUUCGGCUUGUACACAACUUAGGGAUGUUGAAAUCGCAGCCACAUUGGCAAAGCAUGUGGAGGAAGGGUUUUGUGAGAAGACAAUCUUUGUAUCCAAUGCAUUGAUCCAUAUGCAUUCCAAAUGCGGAAACAUAGAGCAGGCAUGGAGAGAGUUCAACAGCAUGAGCAUGAGAGAUGUCAUAUCUUAUAGUGCGUUGGUCACUGCCCUUGCUGACCAUGGAAAGGCCGAGGAUGCGUUGGAUCUUUUCUCGAAGAUGCAAAAGGAAAGAGUUAGACCGAACGAGGUUACAUUCGUCGGUCUCCUCAACGCAUGUAGCCAUGCCGGACUGGUUGAGAAGGGGUGCCGGUAUUUUGAGCUCAUGACUCAGGUUUUCGGCAUUGAGCCACUAAAGGAGCACUAUGCUUGCAUGGUUGAUCUUCUUGGAAGGGCUGGGAUGCUUGAAAAGGCAUACAAUCUUAUAAUCGACAAUGUCGGUGUCGCCGAUGCAAAGAUUUGGGGUUCCUUGUUAGGAGCUUGCAAGGUUCAUGGCAAUGCUGAGUUGAGCGAGAUUGCAGCCAGGCAACUCUUCGAAAUAGAACCGCACGACGCAGGAAAUUACGUGCUUUUGGCAAGUACUUAUGCAGAAACAAAUAAAUGGGAUGAUGCUGAGAGAGUGAGAACGAUGAUGAAUCAAAGAGGAAUGGUAAAAUCUCCUGGAUGUAGCUGGAGAGGUUCUACCAUCUAACCGGGUUAUACCCUAUCUCUCUCAUUACGUGAAUAAUAGAUUGUAAACUUUCUCAUCGAAAAAAAUAUUGUUCUCUUUCUACAAAUGUGUGUGCAUCCGAUUUAGGUAGAUAGGCUCGGAAUCUAUGCUCGGCACGCGAGCAAGAUAAAGC